CCCAGGAUUUGCAGGACAGCAAUUGCUCCUUCGUUUGGGACGAGAAUUCUCGCUUGUACUUCCACUCCAGAUUAUUACUUACUUGCGUUAACUUUCAGCAGUAGUGGAUUUUAUCAUGAUCCUGUUGCCGGUUGGUACUAUAGCAGUCGAGAUGGUUCUUAUUACAAAUUUGAAAAUGGAAGCUAUGUUCUUCUUCAGUUUGACCAGGGUGAAGAAUGUAAGACGUAUCUUGAUAAUUCUGUUAAAGGCGGACCAUGUAGACAAGUGUGUAAUACCGACAGUGAGGAUCACUCUUCAUUUGAGGCCAGCAAAUAUGAUAUCUCUAAAUGCAAAGAAAGUGACUGUGACGGACUACCAUUAGAAGAAACAGAGGAGGGCAAUAAUGUUCAUGAGCUUGAGAAUCCUCCCACAUCUUUGUGGUUAGAAGAUACGCUUAUUGAUCUUUUUUUGUCCGGUUAUUCCAAUUCAGAAGUCAUAGCCACUAAUGACAACACUUCACCUAUGCCUUCCACAACUAAUGAUGAUAAUAACUUUCAGUCAUCAAGCGAUGGCUAUGAUGUUACUCAGAGGACGGAAGGUGAAUGGUUCCAAGAUGAAAAUCAUGCAAUGGUGAAUGCAAGCGAAAGAGUAUUAGAUGGAGGCUAUGAGGAUAUUCAGAGGAUGGAAGGUGAAUGGUUCCAAGAUGAAAAUCAUGCUACAGUGAAUCCAAGCGAAAGUGUAUCAGAUGGAGGUGUUUCCACAGAUGAAGAUAACUGGAAAGCCCAGUAUGGUCAAGUCACUCAUUAUGGGGAAGAAACAACUCCCAAAUUGUCUGUUGUGGACCUCUGGGAGUGGUCGACAGUCUCAGAGUCCAGGCCAGGUGGAAAAGGCAAGGUUACGAGGUUGGUUGGAAGACUUGUGAGAAAGUCUGCAAAGCUUCAUCCUUCAGUGUCUUCCAAUGGCACUCUUCUUAAAACCGCUCCAAUUUCUGAAGUACAUCUAGAUUUGGUACGAGUUGCAACAGGGAAAAUCUAUAAGUUACACAGCCCUAGUAAGAGGUAUUUGGCGUCCAUGUCAAGUUUUGAUUCAUCCAACCCUACAGAAGACUGGGGUUUCCCUGAUUUAUUAGACAGGUUACCCGACCUCGCUAAUAACGAAGCAAAAGUUGCAUGCACAGGCAUUGUUAGUGCGGCUGUAUCUACGUUGGGAGAUAAACUCCUCGUGUCUGAAAAGCGUUCAAGCCAAAAUCUAUAUAGAGACAGAGCUGCCGAGAGAAGGAUUCUUCAUGGUGGUUUCGGGGUGGGUCCUGGACAGAAAAAUUCUGCCAUUGAUCGUGGUGAUCUACCAUCAUCGCCCCCCUCUGGCUGUUCUGAGAGCGCUGCAGCUGAAGCUUUGAAUAUUUCAUUUGGAGCUGGUAGUUACGCACGAAAAAUCUUAAAAAGCAUGGGCUGGAAAGAGGGAGAGGGUCUUGGCAACAGCACAAAGGGCAUGGUGGAACCACUUGAAGCUGUUGGAAAUAUUGGGAAUGCUGGAAUAGGCUGGCCUCGGGGAAUCAAAAAACUCGAUACCAAGUAACAACUCGUCAAAUUUAACCUUUACAGUAUACAGUAGGUCAUCUCAACUGCUAUAUAUAUAUAUAUAUAUUUUUUAAAUGUUGAUGUUUCCCCAUCCUCCCUGUAUGGUAAAUAAAUCCGAACAGGGUUCGACUCAUGUAGUCUUCUUACAGCUAAAUUGCAUCAAUCAAUGACCAUAUCAAAAAAAUGAAAUUAAGCGGUGA